AACUGCUGCAGUGAGACAUUGGCGGUCUGUUUAAACAACAUAACAAGACAGAACGGUAAUAUUACAGUAAUCUGCUCAUCAACAUGGCAACUUUAAGGAAAACUCUACGAUUUUCUAUCCGUGGAAGAAGAUACAGUGUUUUGGAAGGGAAGGAAAACUACUAUUUCAACACACCAAAGUACAACAAGAAGAACUCAGCGGUUGACCUGAAUCAGAAUGACAACGCAGCAAAACAGGAUGAAGUUGAACUCGAGUCUUGUGAUUAUAAUUUGAAACGUGGAUCCAAGUCUACACGAUCCGUUCGAGAUGUUGUUGGCAAUUUGAAACAGAAAUUUCGAAUGUCCACCAAAAGAAGAGUAAGAUUACAAGAUGCCAAGUCACCCAGAACUCCUUCCAGAAGACGAUCAUUAAGACUAGGUGGUGUUACACCUAAAGGAGAUGUCAAGAUGUUACCAUUUGGUAUUGAUUCACCAAGCAGUAGAAUCAGAUGUGGAACUAGACAGAGACAUCAGUGUGUAUCAUUAGAGACUCCAACAAGACUAAGAAAAGAAGUGGAAUCACUAACAGCCAAUAUGAAAGCUUUAUCAGCCUUGACACCAAAUACUUUACGUGAACGAACUAUUGCAAGGAGAACUUCUCCCCUAACUAAUGGUAGCUUAAAGACAAGAUGUGCCAGAAGAAAGAUAGAAACUAGUGUUUAUUAAACACAAUAUGGUAUGGUACAGCUGGAUACAGUGAACUUACCACCCUCUGAAAGUUUUGAACUAUUCCAUACAUGCUUAUUUAUAUUCUUUGUAAAAUGAAGAUUAAUUUGCUUAGUUGACAUAACAAGGGGUGUUUUACAUUCUUUGUCCAGCAUUGGUACUGACAUGGAUGUAUCU